AUGGCAGAACAAGAACAACCUCAGCAACUGCCCGAGGCACCAUUCCCCGCUCCUCCGCCAUUCUGGAGACACUUUACAGUCGCCAACGAGGAGGAACUGAAGAAAAUCGAAUCAUCUUCCUCUGACGACCAACCAAAGCAAAAGCUCCCCCUUCACCUGGCAUACCUGCGGCCUCCACCUCCUCCGCCGCCUUCGGCAGAGUACUACUUGACUUUUGGCCAGAAGCAAGUCACCGAUCCGACGAAACCCUCAUCGUUGCCUACGGAGCAACUCCUGUUCAACCCAGACGAUCCAAAUCUCAACCACGCCGUACUCCUCAGCCGCCUCACGAAAUCCCUGUUGCUGAACUUCCUCGAACUCACGAGUAUCCUAUCUCUCGACCCGACCAAGCACGAUGAAAAGAUGCAAGAUAUUCGGCAGCUCCUGUUGAACAUCCACGUCGUGAUUAAUAUUUACCGACCACACCAGGCACGAGAGAGCGUCAAGGAAAUGCUGCAAGGGAUACUGGAAGAUGGGGAAAGAGAGAUUGACGAGUGCGACAAGAUGAAGCAGAAAAUCGACGAGUUUCUGGCCGGUGUGGGCAAGAUAGGGACAUCGGGUGUGCCAGACGCAGCUGAGGAGGACUCGGUCGCGACGGAGACCUCUCACGAGCAGAUGAUGGAGAAGCAGCGGAGGCUGUGGAAGAUGAUACAAGAAAUGACUUGA